AUGUCUACACUUCGCUAUUACAUCGUCGAUGUCUUCUCGUCAAUUGCCUACCAAGGCAAUCCCCUCGCAGUGGUCGAUACCACAUCCUCAACCCUCACCGAUACCCAAAUGAAACUACUAGCACGACAAUUCAACCUAUCCGAAACAACCUUCGUCUGUCCCCCAGAAAACCCAAAAGCGACCUGGCGCCUGCGAUCUUUCCUCCCCAACGGCGUGGAGGUCUUCGGCGCCGGCCACAACUCGCUCGGCGCCUGGUGGUGGAUUGCACAUUCUGGGAAUCUGCCGGAGACCACACAACAUGCACCAAAUCGACAGACCUAUUUCCAGCAACUGGGCGACAACGUCCUUCCAGUUGCAGUGGCGCGGUCGGAGCAGGGAGAUCUUGCUAUUUCUAUGCGUCAGGGGGAACCGCGGUUUUUGAAUGAACAUGCGGAUCUUCAAUCCCUUGCUAGAUCGGUCGGGAUCGGUGCAUCUGAUUUAGGUCUUGAGUACUUGGACGUCGCGCUCAACCGGGCCGUGGUGGUUACCACAUCGCCUGCUCGCCAUCUCUUGGUUCCGGUGCGGAGUGUUGAGGCUUUGAGGAGCGUUAGCUUUGCUGAUAAAGAGGCGAUUUUGAAAGAGCUGGAUAGUACUGGGAGUCAUGAUAGUGGUGUUUAUGUUUUCAGUUCUGCGGAGAAUGGUUCGGGGUCGAAAAUACCGAGAUUUGAGGCCCGAUUCUUUAGCCCCGGGAUGGGAAUGGAAGACCCUGCUACAGGCUCGGCUGCUGGGCCUUUGGCUGCUUACUUGUGGGAGAAUGGUGCGCUGGGUGUCUCUGAUGGAGGAGUCAAGAUUGAAGUUUUGCAGGGGGUGCAGACGGGGAGGAGAUGCUUGAUGAACGUGGGCAUUGAGCCGGACCGAGGGUCAAUUGGGAUUACGAUUUCAGGAACGGGUGUUCUCGUUGCAGAUGGCAAUAUUGUGAUUCCUGGCUCUGGAAUUUCCUUUUGA